GGCGGCACCGGCGACAUGGGCGUGCACGUGGAGACCAUCGCCCCCGGCGACGGUGAGCCGCGCCCCGCGCUCCCUCUCUCUUUAUCCCCCCACCCUCCCCUUCUCUCUGUCCGGUGCCGCUCUCGGUGCCGCUCCGCUGACGGUCCGUGUCUCCCCGCAGGGCGGACGUUCCCCAAACGCGGCCAGACGUGCGUGGUGCAUUACACGGGUGAGUGCGGGGCCGUGCGGGGCGGGGCCGGGCCGGGCCGGGCCGGUACCGGGAGGCGGGGCGGGAUCUGCCCCAACGGCGCUGUGCGGCCUGCGGGACCGCGGGACGGGGGGAGGAGGGCCGGGCCUUGGCCGCCCCCGAGGCGCAACCGGGGGUCGGUGUGGGGCCAGCGCCUGCCCGGGUCGGGGUGGGGGUCCCGAGGGUUGGCCCUUGGGCUCAACCCCCCCCUCCCCCCCGUGUCCGACCCUCAGGGCACGGCAGCGGGGGGAGCCGGGCUGAGAGAGCCCCUGUGGGGAGAGGGCGGCCCAUCCCCGCGCCCCACGGCCGUGCCCCCGCUCGGAGGCCGCCCCGGCUGCUGCUGCUGCUGGCGGUGCGGAGCCGCGGGGUUCCCCACCCUGCAGCCCUCCUCCGCCUCCGCCGUGCCGCGAGCCGCCCGGCUCCGCACGCAGCCAGGUAUGCUGGAGGAUGGGAAGAAGUUCGAUUCCUCCCGCGACAGGAACAAACCCUUCAAGUUCGUGAUGGGCAAACAGGAGGUGAUCCGCGGCUGGGAGGAAGGAGUUGCUCAGAUGAGCGUCGGUCAGAGGGCGAAGAUGACCAUCUCCCCAGAUUAUGCCUAUGGCUCCACUGGCCACCCAGGGAUCAUCCCACCAAACGCCACUCUAAUCUUCGACGUGGAGCUCAUGAAAUUGGAAUGACCCACCCCAACGCCCCGUCCUCGGGUUUGGCACAUGGAGGAAUCCAGAAUCUCAGCUUCAAGAAGAGUGCACAUGACUUUGUACGGAGCUUUUCCUGAUAGUCCACUACACUCAUUGUAUAACCUUACACCUUGAUUGAAUGCCUUUGGUCACUAAGCUUUGCGUCUGACUCUUCCUCCUUGUAUCGUGUUUUUAUGUCUUUUUAAACUAUACGCCGUAAACCUCAACUCUUUUUGGGUCAAGUUCUUAAUCUUAUUUUUGUUCCAGGUGUAGACUGCAUUCUGUCAGUGGCACGCAGACGGGCUCACCUUAGAUAGGAGUCAUUUGAACAAAAGGAAACCUGUUAGUUAGUUACUUGUUUUGGUGCAGAUCUCUACGGUGUUCUAAAACCAGACAUUGCUGCUGCUGCAAAAGCCAUAGCAGAGUGAGGCUGUCGAGGCUGAAUGGAUGUGAACAGUGCAGUGUUAGGAUGUGUGUGGUUACCUGGGAUCGGGGUGCUGGGGGAGCAGCGUUCGUCUCCCUGCGCUCCGGGGGAAGCGCGGCAUCACGGGGCUGCUCUGGGAUGGGGGUGCUCAGUCCCCGUCCCCCCACCUCCUCCCUCUGCCGUCUCACUUUUGGGUUUGUGGGGGCGGUUGGGCCAUCAGAGCCUCACCCACCCUCAGGAAAUUCAGUCUCUUGCAUUGAGCUUUCUUUGCUUUUAAAACGAAAAAGAAAACAGCAGACAAAUGGGAGGUGCUACAAGGGAGGUGGUGGAGCUGGAGGGGGGGGGUGAGCUUGCAAGAAGACACCCCCGUCCCCUCUGCCCUCCAUGGGAAGGAAACAUCAGAGCCUGGCUGCCCCUGGGCUGAGCGCAGCUGCCCGUUCUCCUGCCCCUGAUGCUGGUCAUCACCGCUUGGCUGCUCUCACGCCAUGCAUCGCUUCCCCCGCCGCUGCCCCAGCCCUGCCCGGUGCCGUGGUAAGAGCAAUCGCCGCCGUUCACUUCCUUCUCCACUGCCUAAAGGUAUCAAGUUUUAUGAUUGCAAUAAAAACGCUUUUUGCUGGCUUUUCUCA